AUGUGGUCAAUUCUUUGCCUGGUAGCCCUCUUCGCUACAGUAUUCGCAAGUUUCAAUCCAAACGAACCGAAUCCCUACCAAGACUGGAUUCACAUCAGCAUUGCCAACCAGCCGGGCCAGCAGAAACUAGGCUAUGCAGUGACGAAAGAUGCUGCCCUCCUUGCCAAGCACAACGGCACCGUCGUCCAUAAAGUUGUCACUAGCGGAGCGGACUUCAGCGUCACUCCGAACCAAUACUACGGUGUCCGUGUCGUUUUGGAGGUGCCAUCAAUGGAAGUCGGGAAAAACUAUGAAAAAGUGUUCAACUUUACACACAUUGAUGUGCUAGGCCUGAAUUUCAUCGAGGUGAUCGGCAACAAAGAUAAAAAGAUUGAAUUCAUUGCCCCAACACAAGUCGUGGCGUUCAAGUAUACUAACGACGCUCCGGAAUUCUCGGCCAGUUUCUCUACCUAUGAGCUGAAGGAUGAGCGCGCAUACCUCUGCCCGAUUCCCGGAUACCUUACCGGAGGAGCCAACGGCCUACUUUACGACUCGACCUACCCAAAGAACACGGACGGCUUCAGCUACGUGUGCAGCCAAUACUUCUACUCCACGGAUAAGGGCCGAAAAUUCUGGGCAUCCGGAACCCUGGCAGAUGGUGACCAAUUUUACUUGAGGAACAUGAAGACCCAGAAGAAGAUCGACGUGAACGUCGAGCCCUCAAAGAACACGACCAUCGCCUUCCCGCCGAACGAGGACUUUGUGCUGUACUUUGUCGGCACGAGGAGCCCGAACAAGGAGCGAAAGUUCAAAACACACACACAACAACACGAGAACAACGAG